UAAAUCUCAUAGGAGUUGGCAAGAAGAAGUUAUCCCACUUUCAAAUCAGGUGAUUCCAGUUUCCCAGUUUGGGAAUAGGAUAGCUUCAUCGUCGUUCCAAUCAAACCAGGAUGAAUCUGAUAAGCCGUUAAGGGUGUAUUUCCGUAAGAGGUCGAGGAAGGCAGCAGGUGAUUCUAAGGGUGAGGGAGUUACUGAGGAAGUGAAUACGGAUGACGUGGAAGUAAAUAACUGAAGAGAGGGAUUACGUGGCAGCUACUAACAGAAGAGAGUGUAGCUGAGAUAUAAGGAAUUGAUUGUUGUUUUAGAAAAUAUCUUUGGAUCAUUUUGUAAUAGGCUUGUAGAGUGUUUACUCUCGAGAGGCAGUUUCAAGAGUUUGUUCUUGAUUCUGAGGAAUCGGAUUACAUUCGGGAUUCUGAUCCUUGGUGGAAUUCGAUUAUCACUUUGUUAAUCAGAUAAACAUAGUUGUUUGCUUAACAAAUUGGUGCGGUGACUCGAUCGAAGCUUCGCGAUCUCAGCAAUGGCGACUCUCGAAGGCGAUGUCGAAGCGCUGUAUUCACAGUUCGGUGAUUUGAAGAGUCAGGUUGAUGCGAUUCACGGAGGUUGGGCCUUACUCACCAAAUCGAACACGGAGAUGACGGAGAGACUGGACUCGAUGCAAAGUACGUUAUCGAGAAUGGAAGCGUUCUUGACGGGCGAGAAAUCGAAAGGGAAGACGGUGGAUUCAUCGGAGAACAACGAUAAUCAGGUACGAUCAUCUCUUCCAUCACACAGGGAAGAUCUACCGUUAGGAUAUCGGAGAAUGAGUAAUUCGUUGGAAAAUAGAUCUGAUCUGAUGAAGAAAGCAGAGUUACCAGUUUUCAGUGGGACGUACCCCAAUAUUUGGUUGAACAGAGCUGAGAGGUAUUUCAGAUUGGGAAAUUUCUCGGAUCAAGAUCGGUUUGAUUUGUUGUCACUCAGUUUUGAAGGGGUGAUCUUGAAUUGGUUUUUGAUUGAGCUAGAGGAGCUGCCUUUUUCUUGUUGGAAUGAUUUUAAACGGAGACUGAUUGCGAGAUUUACACAUAGAAUGGAGGAUGAUCCAGGGAAGAGACUAUUUUCAAUCAAGCAAACCGGUUCAAUCACUGAUUACAUUGGAGAGUUUGAGGAACUGCGAGGGUUGGUAUCUGGAAUUGAUGAGAAGAACUUAAUUCAUGUGUUCUUCAAUGGACUCAAACAAGAGAUGAAGGAGGUGAUUAAGAUGAAAGAGCCACAAGGUUUGCGACAACAUAUUGAAGCAGUGAUAAAAAUGGAAGAUAGUGCGUUCUGUAAAUCUAUGGCAGCUGUGACAACGUCAGGGUCUAAGCAGGCUUCUACUAUUCCGUUUCGUACAUCUUCACAGUACAAUAGCAAUCGCCAGGGGACUUCUUCGCAGUCUAAUGAGGCGAGCUCGAGCAAGGGUCUUCAACAAGAUAAAUCUCAAGUAAAACAGCUUAAACCGAUGGGAGGACCAAAACGGUUGACUCCAGCAGAAGUCGCAGAGAAGAGAAGGCUGGGGUUAUGUUACAAAUGUGAUAUGAAGUGGUCGAAAACUCACGAAUGCCAUAUGUUGGAGCUUCAAGUACUUACAGUGCUUGACGGGUGUGAAGUGGAAAUUGUUAAUGAUUUGUUUUUGGAUACGUUUGAAGACAACAAUGGCAAUGUCACUGAGUUAAUGGAGCUGUCGUUGAACUCUUUUUUGGGUCUUUCUUCUCCAACAACUAUGAAGCUGUGGGGAUCAAUAGGAAAGAAUAAUAUUGUCGUAUUAGUGGAUAGCGGUGCUUCCCACAAUUUCAUUGAUCCAUCAGUAUUGAAGAAAGCUCAUCUCACUCCAGUGAAUGAUAGAAGGUUGGACAUUCUUUUGGGAACAGAUAUUACAGUAAAAGGUUCAGGCGUGUGCAAAGAUAUUCCUUUUACAAUACAGAGUAUGGAAGAUGUUGCAGAUUUUAUUGUAUUGGAGCUUGGCAGACUAGACAUGGUCUUGGGGGUUCAAUGGCUAAGGACGUUGGGCCGUUGUGAAGUAGACUGGGAGACGCAGGAAAUGUCGUUUGUGUUUAAGGGGAACAAAAUUACGUUGCGAGGAGAUCCUUCACUUCAUGGGGCUCCAACAACAUUGAACAACCUUCUUGACGUUGAGACUACAAAAGGUUUGGAGUUUGAUCUGGACAUGGUUCAGGUCAACAACAUCAGCUUGACGCAGGAGAUUCCAAUUCCGAUAGAGCAUUUAUUGGAUAGGCACGUGAGAGUUUUUGCAGAGCCAACCCAGUUGCCGCCUCUACGUAACAGAGAGCAUGCUAUAAAUCUAAAAGCAGGCACUGGUCCAAUAAGUGUUCGCCCUUAUAGAUACCCUCAUGCGUAUAAGGAGGAGAUGGAAAAAAUGGUUUCUCAAAUGCUGCAAGCUGGGUUGAUCCGACCGAGUCGUAGCCCGUAUUCUAGUCCGGUAUUGUUAGUUCGCAAGAAAGACGGUUCAUGGCGCUUUUGUAUCGACUACAGAGCAUUGAACAAGGCUACAAUUCCGGACAAGUUUUGUGACAACCCAUCCUCUCACUAGGAACCUAGGUUCACAGCGCUGCAGCGCACCGACCCCAACCCCUCCAUUAUGAGUCCUCUCUGACUCCAUAAUUAGGUUGUUGGUGAGACUCGAACCCAGGUCCUCACCCUUUAACAACACUCCUCCAGGAUGAGUUGUCACCAAUUGAUCUGCAGGAUGGGUUGUCACAGAAUCACUUU